CCCACGUGCCGGCCGGAGUGACACCAACAUGGCCGCUGCCUGAGAGCCGCCCGCCGCGCACCGCCACCGGGGAGCCGGCGGCCCCGCUGCCCGCGCCGGCCCUCCGCCAGGUAGGCGGUUGCGGCGCCGCUUUUGCUCCUCCCGGGGCCGCGUGGGCGGCGGGGACCCUGCGGGCGGUGGAGGGGGAGGAGCGCGGCCUGGGCUGAGGUUGUGCCAAGGAAUAAGCCAAGAAAAAGCUUUUUGUAUCCUAGCAUGGCAAAUGAAGAAGAUGAUCCAAUUAUACAAGAGAUUGACGUGUUCCUGGCCAGAAGUCUACUGGAGAAGCUGUAUCUGUUUCAGUAUCCUAUUCGUCCAGCUUCCAUGACGUAUGAUGAUGUUACACAUUUAUCAGCGAAGAUAAAACCAAAGCAGCAGAAGGUUGAACUUGAAAUGGCCAUUGAUACUUUGAAUCCUAACUACUGUCGCAGCAAGGGAGAACAGAUUGCUCUUAAUGUAGAUGGCACGUGUACAGAUGAAACAAGUACCUAUUCCUCGAAGCUGAUGGACAAGCAAACUUUCUGCUCAUCGCAAGCUGCAAGUAAUGUUUCCCGCUAUGCAGCUGCUGUUUAUAAAAAAGGUGAACUUCACCUGACUCCACUACAUGGGAUUCUUCAGCUGAGGCCAAGCUUCACCUACUUGGACAAGGCUGAUGCAAAACACCGAGAAAGAGAAGCUGCGAAUGAAGGUGGUGAUUCAUCCCAGGAUGAAGCUGAAGAUGAUGUUAAGCAAAUUACUGUACGAUUCUCCCGCCCUGAGACCGAACAAGCUCGUCAACGACGUGUUCAGUCCUAUGAGUUCCUGCAGAAGAGACAAGCAGAAGAGCACUGGGUUCAUCUACAUUAUUAUGGCUUGAAGGAUAGCCGUUCUGAACACGAGCGCCAGUAUUUAUUUAGUCAAGGUCAUGGCCUUGCUGAAAACACGGAAUUAAUUAAAUCUCCCAGUGAAUAUUUAAUGAUGUUGAUGCCUCCAAGCGUAGAGGAAGAGAAUGACAAACCAAUGGCUCCAAGCAAUGUGCUUUCUAUGGCCCAGCUGAGAACUUUACCCCUUGCUGAUCAGAUUAAGAUCCUGAUGAAGAAUGUGAAGGUCAUGCCAUUUGCAAAUCUGAUGAGUUUGCUAGGCUCUGGGACUGACUCUACGGCAGUUCUCCGCUGUAUACAGCAGGUGGCAAUGCUGGUCCAGGGAAACUGGGUGGUGAAGAGUGAUGUCCUCUACCCGAAAGAUACUUCUAGUCCACAUAGUGGAGUCCCUGCAGAAGUGCUCUGUAGAGGAAGAGACUUUGUUAUGUGGAAGUUCACACAGGACCGCUGGGUUGUGAGAAAGGAAGUGGCAGCAGUUACAAAACUUUGUCCAGAAGAUGUGAAAGACUUCCUAGAGCACAUGUCCGUGGCAAGAAUAAACAAAGGUUGGGAGUUCAUGCUGCCUUAUGAUGAAGACUUUGUUAAGAAGCAUCCAGAUAUAGUUCAGAGGCAACAUAUGCUGUGGAUGGGCAUUCAGGCCAAAUUAGAAAAGGUCUAUAAUCUCUUGAAGGAGCACUUGACGCCAAAGAAACAAGAGGCACAGUCAGCUCAUCCGUUGCUGGUUUCUGGGGAGCAAAGGGUCAACAUGGCUAAAGCAAAAGUCAAGCAGAACUAUGGGCAGCUGGAGAAGGAGUUCCAGAAGCAAAAGGCAGAGAUGAAAUCCAAUGAUGCCUCAGCGAAGAUAGAUGUUUCCAAUAUCCGCAUUAAAGAGGAGCCUGUGAGUGACGAGGAGCCAAUGGAUACCUCGGCUUAUGAGGGCAUGAACAAUGGCAUUGUCAACGGCCUCCAUGCAGAGGAGGACUCCACGGACUCUUUAAACGGCCACUUGCCUGGAGGCUGCAUUGACCGGGUAGCCCAAGAACUGAAGGCAUUUGUGUCGUCAACAUUUAAGAAACAAUUUGUACUCACCCUGAGUGAGCUUAAACGGUUAUUUAACCUUCACUUAGCCAGUCUGCCUCCAGGACAUACGUUGUUCAGUGGCAUUUCAGACAAAAUGUUACAGGACAUGGUGUUGGACACUGGCUGCAAACAGAUUUUGGUGCCUUUUCCUCCACAGACUGCUGCUUCACCAGAUGAACUAAAGGUCUAUGCGCUUUGGGAAGCUGGUGACACUUAUGAUCAGCAUCGCCAAGUUUUGCUUGAAAUCUUUUCGAAAAAUUAUCGAGUGCGCAGGAAUGUCAUCCAGAAUCAGUUGAGUCAAGAAUGUGGAGAAGAUCUAAACAAGCAGGAGGUGGAUAGAGUGCUAAAGGACUGCUGUGUGAGCUACGGCGGAAUGUGGUAUCUUAAGGGGACGGUGCAGUCUUGACAGCGGUGGCAGCGGUUUCAAGUGAUCUCCAGGACGAAAGAGGAAACCUGCAGUGGGCGGCACAGACAGAGUAAUGCCGUGGCCUCGGGAGUGUGGGGCAGGAUCUGACCCACUUUGGGGCACGUGGGCAUUGCAGACAGACAGUCAUGGAUACCCCAACACACACACACACACACACACAUCUGCAUGGCCGCCUAGGCGUGUAAGCAACUAGGAAGACAACAUGGGACCCUGUCUGCAGCUUGAUUAAUCUGGGAUUUCUAAUGUAUUUCAACUCUCGUUCUGUUUUGUUAUAAAAAAAAUAAAACCACAUACUGACAACAGACAUGAUGGAAAAUCAGAGUCUAAUACUUUAUUUUGUAAGUAAUGCCAAUAAAUUAAAUUUGUUUACAAACAUCCCAGUUUUUGUUAAAUACCUAGAUGCUCAUACUUUAGUCUGAGCGUUGUAAUAGCCCUUGCAGCCCUCUUUAUAAAAAAGAAGAUAGUCAUGUUCAUGGAAACGUCAGGCCUGGGAGGGGGGAACAAAAUCAUUGUCUUUGAACUCUGUACAACAUAGCAAUUGUUCUCACCUGUUGUCUGUGAAAUGAGUUAUUUGGGAAAGUACCUAGAUUUGAAACAGAUGUGGAACUACUACUGGAUUUCUUUUAUUGGUGUGGGUUUUGUUUGAGGGAUUUUUUUGUCAUUACUGUAUGCAAAUACAGUGAGGUAAGUAAGUGAGUGCACCCUCUGGAAGGCAUCCAGCUGUAGCUAUCACACAGCAACAAUGUAAAACCUCUAUUUUGUGUAAUUUUUUUAAUAAAAUUUUAUCUUGAAGGUCAA